AAUUCCAACAUUGACGCCCAGCUGGCGCAGUCGCAGCAGGUGGUGGCUAAGUACUCCGUUCUCGGACAAGGUCAACACCCCCUCGACGAUAAAGACCUCGACCAUUUCAUGACGCAUUAUGUUUUAUUACUGUCCUCGUUCAAAGAACAACUGCAACAACACGUCCGAGUUCAUGCAAUGGAAGCAGUCAUGGCUUGUUGGGAGCUCGAGCAAUCGUUACAAAGCUUAACAGGUGUAGCACCGGGUGAAGGUACAGGCGCAACGAUGUCCGAUGAUGACGAGGACCAAGCAGACAGUGAAACGAACCUGUUCGAUGAAAGUCUCGACGGAGGAGACAACAUGGGAUUUGGUCCCUUAGUACCCACUGAAACCGAGAGGUCUUUGAUGGAACGAGUCAGGCUAGAACUCAAACACGAGCUUAAACAGGGUUAUAAGGAGAAGAUUGUGGAUAUCAGAGAAGAGAUAUUACGAAAAAGACGAGCGGGGAAACUACCUGGAGAUACUACUUCUGUCUUGAAAUCUUGGUGGCAAUCGCAUUCGAAGUGGCCUUAUCCAACCGAGGAAGAUAAGGCGAGGCUCGUGCAAGAAACAGGGUUGCAACUGAAACAGAUAAACAAUUGGUUCAUUAAUCAAAGGAAAAGGAAUUGGCAUAGCAAUCCUUCUUCGUCUACUCCGAAAAGCAAGCGCAAAAGUGGUGCAGGUGACAAAACGGGAAAUGAACGUUUUGCAUGAAGAAAAAGGGUGUCGGAUUCGAUCGAAUAUACGGGUGAAGAAUGGGACAACGAGAUAGAAGAUUAUCAGUGUUAGCUGCUUUUAAGGUAGUCCUUAAAAUUGGCUGGGGGCUUUGUUGAGUAAGAAUAUUUAGUUAGAAGCCAAUUUAAAGGGACUUAAUAUAUGAUUUGGACAACUUGAAAACAUAUCAAAAGCUACUGUAAUAUUUUUAAUUCUGGUGUUAAUUAAAUGUCAACAUGAGUAUAUGAGCAAGAUCCAAUUAGUAGGGUUUUUUUUUUAA